CACCUCUAAUCAAUAUGUUAAAAUUAUAAUAUAAACUUUACGCUUAGUUCUAAUAUAAACUUGGGUAUUAGGAAGAAAUAAGAUAAUUUAAUUAAACCUAUUUGAAAAGUAUUGGGGUUUAUGGAACAGUUGGGAAGACGGCUGUUUGUCGGUGCUGGUCCAAUCUUCUGUAGAUCAAUCACUUACUUAGCCAUCGGUUACAGGAAAUAAAUGUCAGGCUAAUGGGAAGCCCAACCAAAUUCAAAACAAGUAAGAUUAAGAGGGUUGGAAUCUAUUUGGAACACGCGUUAUAAGUAAAUUUUUGUUUUCAGGAUAGCAGGAAGGCAGGGGCACAUUCGUUGUGAUGUAUGUUAACAAAUUCUGAUUAGGAAGCAUUUGGUUGUUCUUACCAAGGUUUUAAAACCCUAUUGCAUCUGCGGCGCAUGGUCAAGGAUGGAAGUCAGAGUUCCAGAUAGUAGUACUGCUAUUGGACUAAACCAAGUUACCUUUUGUCCAAAUUUAUAGUAGCUGAGAGCCAAACGGAAGCAGCUAGAAGAAAGUAGCCGAGAAAGGUCAGGAAGAGGCUACAAAAUCUUAAGAUGACGAGCGAGGGAGGAAGUAUGAAGGUGACUGCCAUAAAUGGUGUUAAAAUGUAUGCUGUGUCGGGCCACCGCUCUUUGGCCACUUGGAUUAACCCCAACAAAUUGAAAGCUCUUCGCAAAGAUGAUGAGUUCAGGCGUAGGAUAGACUUGAUUCAAGACUUGAAUUUUAAUACUGCCUCUACACGUAUAAAGUCAACUCCUGAUGGGGAGUACAUUAUCGUAUCAGGCACCUAUCCGCCUCAAGUAAAAGUAUAUGAAUUGCAACAGUUAUCGUUGAAAUUUGAGCGACAUUUGGUUGCAGAAAUUAUUGAUUUCCAGGUAUUGGGAGACGAUUACUCAAAAUUGGCUUUUCUCUGUGCUGAUCGUUCUGUUUGUCUUCAUGCUAAAUAUGGGAGUCACUACAGCCUCCGUAUUCCACGGAUGGGAAGGGAUAUUGCCUAUGAUCGUUGGUCAUGUGAUUUGCUUUGUGCUGCCUCUUCGCCAGAUUUGUAUCGUAUUAAUCUGGAACAGGGCCGUUUUCUUGCUCCUCUAAACACGCAUUCUCCUGCAAUCAACGUGAUUUGCCGAAGCCCAGUUCAUGGAUUGGUAGCCUGUGGUGGAGAAGAUGGUGCUUUAGAGUGCUUUGACCUGAGACAGAAAGCUGCUGUUGGGAGAAUUGAUAUUGUUGCAUCACCAGGAGAUUCUGAGCAGGAAGUCACAGCAAUACGAUUUGAUCAAACAGAAGGAUUACAUGUAGCAGUUGGAACUAGUUCAGGACAGGUUGUGAUAUAUGACUUGCGUUCAUCACGUCCUCUUCGAGUCAAAGAUCACAUGUAUGGUAGUCCUAUUUUGGAUAUCAAGUGGCAUGAGACUUUAAAUUCCACUAGACCUAAAAUGAUCACUGCUGAUAAUCGAGUGGUCAGGGUUUGGGAUCCAGAGACGGGAGAUGGGAUGACUAGCAUUGAACCCUCAGCUGGGAACAUCAAUGACGUUUGUGUAAUUAAAAACAGUGGAUUAAUGCUCAUGGCUUUAGAGUCAACUGAAAUUCCGUCCUAUUUUAUUCCUUCCUUGGGUCCAGCUCCAAAGUGGUGCUCUUAUUUGGAGAACUUGACAGAAGAGCUUGAGGAAGGGGCGCAAACCACCAUUUAUGAUGAUUUCAAAUUUGUAACAAAGGAGGACAUUGAACGCUUAAAUUUGACAAAUCUGAUUGGCACCAACCUUUUAAGAGCUUAUAUGCAUGGAUACUUCAUAGAUUAUCGUCUUUACCUUAAGGCAAAAUCGAUGGCCGAUCCAUUUGCAUAUGAAGCUUAUAGGAAAAAGCGCAUACAAGAAAAGAUGGAGGCUGAGCGUGCUAAUCGUAUAACGAUUAAGAGGAAGCUACCAAAGGUAAACAAGAACCUAGCAGCACGUCUAAUUGCAACUGAGGAUGACGAAGAUGGUCGAAAUGAACCUGAAAAUGAGGAUAUUGCAGUUAAAAAGCGUUCAUCAAAGAAAAAGAAAAACACUGGAGGAAGUGAACUGUUGAAAGAUGAGCGUUUUGCAGCCAUGUUUCGUGACAAGGAAUUUGAAGUUGAUGAGUUCUCUCCAGAUUAUUUGGCUCUGCAUCCUAAUGCAGCAAACAAGAAAUCGUCCUUAGUAGAAGAACACUUUGAAGCAGUAGAUGUUGAUAGUCAGGAAGAAGAUGAGGAAAUUGUUGGUACAGAUGAUUCAUUUUCUGAAGAAUUGCCAUUAGACAAUAAAGCAAUGAAACGAAAACACCAAGCUAAACGGAAGGAAAAGCCUGCAAAGGGUCCCAGGCUUUAUGAAGUAAAAGAUGAAAGCCAUGCACAAGCAUUCCGGAAUCAAAUAUCUUUUGCAAAGGAGCAUGCUUUGCCUCUUGAGGAGAGAAUAAAAGCUAUUGAGAAGAAAGCAAAUUCAAAUGAUUUAAUGAGAGGUCAGGGUGGAUCUCGAGAAAUAUCUUUUAUUUCUCAUAGCUUUGAAGAGGGAAAACCCAAGAGUAAAUUUGGUUCGAAGCGAGGGAUCCAAUCUCUCAGACUAAAACCAGAAAGAAAAUCCUUUAAAGGGGGGAGCAGGGGUAGAGGUCGAGGUGGAGGGAGGCCAUCAAAAAGGAGAUGAUGAUGAUGCCACUGGGGAAUUGAUUUUACAAGUAGUAUUUUAGAGUAGUUAGUUACUCAAACUUAAAACGUUUUUCAUUGUAUGGUAGUAGAUAAUUAUUUUGAAAUCCAAUAUUUAUUUGCAGCCAAGUUCUCAAAUUGCAUGAGUUAAAUUUGCAUAGGCUAAUCAGUAAAUUGAACUUGUUUCUUUUCACUGAAUUCGGUGACAUAAAUCGUUAUGGCACAUCUGGCAUUAUACAUCUAAUGUACCCAGCUCUUUUAAAAGUCACAGGUUCUUUCUCAGGAAAAAUUACAAAGUCAAUUUUGACUC